AUGGCUGACUACAUCCGGCGCUUCGUUUCAGGAGACAAGGCGCGCUUCAAGGACAAGCACCUAGACUUAGAUUUAGACUUGGUAUAUGUUACAGAACAAAUCAUUAUCAUGGGUUACCCAGCUUCCGGCAUGGAAGGCCUGUAUAGGAACCGCAAAGAAGAUGCGAAGAAGUUCUUGGACCAUCGGCAUGGCAAGGAUUACUGGGUCUUCAAUUUUUGCCCCGUGAAGGAGAAUUCUUACCCUAGAUCAUAUUUUGAAGGACGCGUUAGUCGAUAUCCAUUCCCAGAUCAUCAUGCCCCACCCCUCGCUCUAAUGCCCCUUGUCGCACGGGAGAUGCGUGCAUGGUUAUCCGGAUCGCCACACAGAGUUGCCGUGCUUCACUGCAAAGCUGGGAAAGGGCGUUCUGGGACUAUGGCCUGCGCGUAUCUCUUAUCUCUGGAUGAACACUUGAUACCUUCUCUCAAACGGAGUUGCGAUGCUAAAGAAAGGGCACAGCUACGAGCUGACGAUGUAAUAGAGGCAAUGCCGGAUUCAAGCCGCGAUAGCUCUGCUACACCGGACAGCACGUUCUCUGACGCCGACGUGGAUAGCCCACAGAGCACGGGGACACCAUCAUCAACUCUAACGUCCAACGGAAAUACGUCUUUGAAAUCCGUUUUGGAUUUGCACACCUCUAAACGCAUGAAGACUCCUUCUGACCUCAAAAAACAGAAACAAGGUGUCAGUAUUCCUAGUCAGAGACGAUGGCUUCACUACUGGUCUCUUCUCCUCGCACAUGAAGCGCCCUCUCAUAUGUGGAGUGGGCUUCCCCCAUCACGGCCUGUGACUACCCUGGUCAAGGUCCCAAAGGUGCGCCUAACACAGGUAACACUAAGGAUGAAGGAGAGUUCUGGCGUGAAGACGAGUCUCCUCAUGGCCGCUAACAUUGUCAUCGAUCGUGCUGGUUUGGGAAAACUAGGUGCGGCUAGAGCCAAAGCAGCUGGCGCCAACCACGUCUGGAUUUCUCUUGCAAGGUACGAUGACGAUCUUGUCGAAUCACUCGAAAAAUGGGAAAAACACACAAGAAACCCAGACGGACACAUGGGGGAACGAAGGCCUGGAUCAGAAUGCAUGGGAGAGGAAGAAUUAAACACUUUUUUCAAUGACGGUCGCUGGGACUCAGGAAAGAUGGUGCCAAGUUUUGCUAAGAUGGGGGCCUUUGGGGAUGGAUCCGUAAUCAAGACCAGCGACAGAGAUGACAAAAUUGUAACGUUUGUCCUGAAACCUCUUAGCACGGCCAAGUGGAAGAACCUCCAGGAAGAGGUGAAUCAGGACUCUCGGGUAGAUGUUUCGUCACUCGACGAAAUAGGUAUACCACAGAGUGAAACGACGUCCAUAAGUGAUGCCACCCAAGGGGUAAAGGAAAGAGGUAUUGUGCUUGAUGCGACUCGAGAGGUGCGACUUCGAUUGUACAUGGGUCAAAUUUUUAUGGGAUGGAUGUGGUUCAUACCCAUAUUCCAUAUGCCUCCACUGCCCUCAACGUCGGAUGCUCGAGAUGCGCCCAAAGCCUCGACAUUUCGUUUGAUGCAAAAGGACCUUGACUUUCCCCUCGGUAUAGGUUCUUCGAUAUUGGACGUGGAGCUCGCUUUGGAGUGGUUAACUGAAUCGGAUUCAGAGGCCGUCCAACCAUCUCCUCGUACCGCGGGUACAGAAGAGCCCGUAGGUCUUGCAAACACCGUUCAGGCAAUAGCGGCUGUAGAUGUAGAAGCUAAACAAGCUGCCGAAGAUUGA